CUGUGAGCCCUCUCCUCCCCCUGCACUGCGAGCCCUUGGACUUUCUCCCGCAGCCAUGAGCGCCCGCUCAGCCACAGCUCCCAUCUUCACCGAGGGUGAGGACUGCAAGGCUGCAUGGCGGGAGGCUACAGCUGCCUACAAUGCCCCCGACACCCACCUGGAGAUCCUGGGGAAGCCGGUGAUGGAACGCUGGGAGACCCCCUACAUGCAUUCACUGGCAACCGUGGCUGCCUCCAGGGGCGGCCGUGUGCUGGAGGUGGGCUUUGGCAUGGCCAUCGCUGCCACCAAAGUGCAGGAGUUCAACAUCGAGGAGCAUUGGAUCGUGGAAUGCAACGACGGCGUGUUCCAGCGGCUGGAGGAGUGGGCACGGGUGCAGCCACACAAGGUGGUGCCACUGAAGGGGCUGUGGGAGGAUGUGGUGCCAACGCUGCCGGAUGGGCACUUCUCUGGAAUCCUAUAUGACACGUACCCGCUGUCUGCACAGACCUGGCACACGCACCAGUUUGCCUUCAUCAAGGACCAUGCCUUCCGCCUGCUGCGGCCCGGGGGGGUCCUCACCUACUGCAACCUCACCUCGUGGGGGGAGCUGCUGAAGGGCAAAUACAGCGACAUAGAGAAGAUGUUUGAGGAGACUCAGGUGGCACAGCUGCUGGAGGCUGGUUUCAGGAGGGAGAACAUCAGCACGGCAGUGAUGGAGUUGGUGCCCCCCCGGGAGUGCCGCUACUACUCCUUCCCUCGGCUGAUCACCCCCCGUGUGGUGAAGCACUGAACAAAAAGGUUCCUCCAGCUGCAAACCCGCAGCGCAGCGUUGACCCGAAGGGGCUCACGCUGUCAUUUACUCUAAAAACACAAUUGUUUGUUACAUCAGGGGUCCAUUUCCAGGCCAGGCAGGAGGAAUGGGGAAGAUGGGGCAGUUUGAGACACAUUUCUUAGAAUUGGAUUUCCCAUGAGUUUCCUGUGACAGUUCCCUCAUAUUUUUGGCUAAUGCCCGUUUUAAUAAGCUCUGAUUCUUACGACCUUCAUCCAGUUCAACAGUGCAUAACUGACGUUCCCCCUCUCUACCCCGAAGGGAUAAAAACCAUUAAAUCAGACUGAAAUACAC